UUUGGAAACGUUUGAAAAUGUCUAAGUGGAACGAGAGAUUGGUGACCAGUUUCUUGAAAGUAUACAAACAAUAUCCGUGCUUGUGGAAUCCUUACCACAAGGACUAUCACAAUUGCAGAGAGAAGAACGAAGCUUUGCAGAAAAUUAUAGAUGAAUUCGGUACACCUGGGUUCACUGCGGCUGACUAUUUGCAGCAGAUCAAGAUAAUAAGAGAAAAGUACAAGAGAGAGCAAACAAGAACGAUCAAAGGAUUGCAAUCGCAGAAGCAGUAUAAAUCACCGUUCUCUUGGUACGGCAUAGUCUCCGACAUGCUGACAAAAGUAAUCGACGACGAGAGGAAAGCCAAUUCGGAGACGAUUUUAAAAGUCAACCGUCCCGACACGUCUGUCCUGAAAUCUUUGAGCAGCGACAGCGUACGAGACUCGCCAAAGAAAGAAAAGAAAGUCUUAAGAAUUAAUCCUUGUACCACUGCUACAUGCAACGAGCCUGCUAGAAGAAGUAAAUCAGCUCGUUCCAAUGCGAAGAGUAAUUUGAUACCGGAUAAAAUCAGCAAAGCGCCGUCGACGACACGGAUAAGAUACGUGCCCUGCCCACAAGCGAGAACUUCGACAAACGUCUCGAGAGAUAGAGAAGAGGAUACUCUUUCUAGCUAUAGGCCUACAAGGGACACUGAGUCGAGAACAACAGGAUAUCCCAUGACUGUUCCAUACACGACAAUCGAUCCAACGUCUAACGAUAUAAUUGGAGCGGAUAAGAAUAAUUACGAGCCACCGUUUCUACAAUGUCCCUUGUGUGGUUGGGAAGAUGCAAGGUCUAAACAAUCCCAAAGAGAUGCAACAAAUCCUGUGCAAGAGCAAAGAAUCUUCACUCCCUGUUCCGAUUACUACAGUGAUCUCUCUCGUGGAAUGUAUACACCGUGCACUGGAUGCGAUAGAGAUUCGAUGGUACAUCCCAAGAAGCACACAGAUGACUCUGGAGAUUUUGAAAUUCGGAGGGACCCAACCAAACAGGCACCGUAUUCUACUCUGACGAAUAAAUCUUGCCGUUCGCCUGUUACAUCUAUGGAAAAGUUAGGAAAAAACGUAGAUGUUGAAAUACAAUGUAACGGGGAGGUUAUAAAAGCGACGAAGGGUCAAAUCAUACAAUUAGAUCCCGUGGUGACGAAUAAAUCUCAAGGUGUCGUCAUAGAGGCCUGUGCUCGGUUAGAAAUCCUGCUAUCAAAUUCAGAGAAGAACGUAGAAGACCUAUCACCUGAAACUGCACCUCUCAAGAGCAGGAUGAAAGAAGCAAGCGUUAACACCGUAAAUUACGUUCAACAAGAAACGCAAUAUGCGAUCUGUGCAUCGAAUACAACGAGACGCUGCGUCUCUCUUCAAACCUUGAAUCAGGUCGACGAGAACAGGAAGUGGGAACAUUGCGUGAGAAAUUCGAUUCCUGCGAUGAAAUCGAAAAAAGUUGCAGUGAAUGUAGUGGACACAGCAUCGAAAGGGAUUCAGAGCACGAUUUGCGUAUCGCGGGGAAAUUUAGCUCGCUCUUUAUCUCUGGAAAGGGUAAAGGAUGCUGCAACUACACCGUCUGUACGUGAAAUUCGUAGCAGCAUUUGUAUAACUACUGAUUGUCUUAAAGAGCACGAUUCAAACUCUGUUCGACACAUUGGUAUCGAUACGCAACGUGUGACUAGAGCCAAGUCAAAUGGAUCUGUGAUACAUUGUAUUCGACGUGUGGAUUCAAAGGAAUCUGUGGAAGGGAAAACGCAAGAAUUCAAGGCUCCAUGCACACCAGAUACCUGCCCACGCAACAUGAGCGAAAUUAUCAAAGAUCCCACAGUGGCCUUCACGUUGCAGCAACUCCUCUAUAAGAUGUUAUCAUCCAGAAUUGAAUCCAGGACCCAGAGUACAAAAUCGUUAAAAAAUUCAAACACCCAGACUGAUUAUAGGUCCAAUUGUAACGCGAAAAGGAACUGCAAGGUUGAUGUGACCGAAGUGGUGGAUAGGAUCAAGGAAUUCGCGAUGAAGACGUUGGGAUCAGCAAUCACGAGUCGAAACGAGUCCACACAGAUGUUUGCUCUUGAAGCUAGGUUCGAUAAGCCAACAAUGAUCGAAGAAAGCGAUUUUAAUCCGAUAUUCGAAUCUACUGGGACCGUAGAGGACGCAACGCAACGCAUCUCCGUGGACGACGCGGUAUUAUUGAAAGAAGCGUACAAGUUUCCAGCUGUGGACAAGGAAGUUUCCGUUUACUCGGAGAGCCGUGAUAUUGGAACCGAUGGGUCGUCGUCGCGAUUGCUUGUUCGCAACGUAGGAGUUCAAAAUGGUUUGAAGAACGAUACAGAUAAACCGAGGAGGGUAAGUGUCGGUACUCAGAAGCGAGAUCCAAUAUUGGUUCGAGUGAUAAAGUGCAACGAGAGCCAAACAAUCGUGAAAUCGGAUAAAGAGACUCUAACCGACGUUGAUCUUGCAAAGAAAUAUGUCGACGAGCCUGUAGGAACGUGUGAUCGGUCGUCUUGCUUGUCUUAUGCAGCUCAUCAGAAAAAAUACGAGCGCCAAUUAGACAGCGAUUAUUACAAGCGUUCGUGUAAGGAUUACAUCUGCGAUAAGAAUUGCAAGAACAAACUUUAUUGCGAUCAAGAUUGGACGGAUGUUAGCAAUAUCGACGCGUUUCGCAAUUUCGAAAAUUCAAAAAUCCCGUUAUCCGAGAGACCGCGUAAAUGUACCUUCGCUAGGUGCAAAUAAUUGUCUUGAUCGCUUAUUGUAAAUCUAUUUCUCGCAAGCUUCGAUCAAGUGCAAUUUUAAUGACUCUUUUCGUUUGCAGUCGCAUAAAUUAAGGAGAUAAUAAAUUACGCCGCGAAUUUGGAAGAACAAACUUCAUUUUAUUAUCUGAAAAUGUACAACGUUCUGACAAAUGGAACAUUAUAUGAAAAUUAAGCGAAUUUAAUUUUCACGGUAAAUUAUGUUCACAUCGUUGAGUCGAAGGCAAACACUUGAUACAUAUAUGUGUGGGUAAGUACCAAUCGUUGGUAUGUAAUUGUAAUAAAAUAGUAUAAAAGAGGUCUACGUCCCUCUCGUUGUUUACUUUUAUAUAUUUUCUAAUGGUACCAACUCGUACAUGGAAAAUUUUGAUUUACGUAUUUUAUUAUCGGAACUUUAUCGCUGAAAUAUGCAUCAAAAUUAUGUAAAAUUUAACUUCGUCAACCUGAGUACGUUUAUUCGUAUCAUUGCAGUAGGUACCACACGAUAAAUCGACGAGUAUUUGUCGUUAUGAUAUGCCAGUAUUAGAAUACCUUGAACUGGCCUUAGUAAAUAUUCACAUGCACUUAUAUUGUAAGAGAACUUGUGUUUCCCUCUAUAAAAUGUCUUCUCAACAACUUUUAAAUUCGAUUGCUAAAACACGGUGUGAGAUAUAUACAGGAUGAGACAGUAAAGACAGGCCACUCCAAUAACUCGUUUACUUUACGAUAGACAAAAAUGCUUCAAGCGAAUCUUAAUUGAUAUCGAUUCGAAUCAUUCUUGUCCAUUAAAUGGACCUUAUCGUAACCUUAUCUUAAUUGCCUCAACAUAUAUUAUUAAAAAAUCGGCAAUUCGGGACAUAUCUCUAAUGCUUCCGCAAUCACUUGCGUAGUAUCCUAAUCAACUCUAAAAGAACAAUCAUAUUUAGGAAAGAUAACGAAUUUACAUAUCAAGUGUUAUCGCUAACAAUGAUAUUAUGAAGACGCCUGUUUUUAAAAAAAAAUCGUUGGAUAAUUCGCAAAGAGCGCGUGUUUAUACCCUCAACUAUUACGUGAGUACGUUGCUGUUAACAGAUAUAAUACUGUUGACUUGUCCAAUGAUUGAAGUUACACUCUUCGAUACGUAUAUCACUCGUCAUUAUUAAAAUAUGUAUAGUAAUAAAUUAUUGUACUUCUGAUAUUUAAUGAUUUGUCGAUGAUCACGCUUCAACACGCGCGUAUCGUAUGACUAGCUUCAAAUUGCAUCCAUUCAUUGCAUUUCAUCCGUAGCAAAUCGUUGAUAAUAUUAAAAUGAAUUUCUUGGGAGACUUCGUAUAU